UGUUAUUCCAAACAUGCUGCCAAAGACACACAAGCACGUGACGCUUACCCAGAAAGGGGCUUAGAGCCAAUGAGCAAAUCCCGCCAGCUUCCGCAAGCGCCCUUGCCAGCACCUCCCCCGAGCUCCUCUCACACCUCAGCGCAUCCUCUCCACCACCACGCCGCGCACCGAAAAGCAGUUCUUAACGAGCAUUCCUACCUCUUCGCUUCUGAGGAUAUUGAGCGUGGCGAGCCUUCUUCUUCCGUCGCGCCGCCUCCGCACGCGAUCAUGGCGCCUUCUCACAGUCUCUUCGAGUUGCCGCGCCCGCGGAAGUUCUUCCAGAAGAUGUCGCUGCGCACUGGCGCGGAGAUAAUUACGUUUCUGCAGGUUAUCAACAAAGUCUCGGGGCUUUAUGGUCUGCUCGCGCUCCUGACCGGCGCCUCGAUCGACGGCUGGCAGUUGUCAAUGUACCUCUACUCGACCAUCCUCCUCCUCGCCACCGUGUACCUUUACAAGCACAUCCGCCUACAGUCACCGUUUGAGUCUUUACUGCUCGCGCAUUUGUAUGCGCUUGACUCGGUGGUAAAUGCGCUGUACACCGCUUUCUUUGGCGUCGUAUGGUUCUACACGCUUGCUGCCCACCCCGACGACCCCUCCAACUCCACCGCGCCAGGCAUGUCAGAGGUCGCCGGCUUCACGAGCCCAAAGUACAACGUUAGCGAGGUGAAUGUGGUCGCCGAACCCGUGGACGGACUACAGGCCGGACAGAACGCUGUUGCCGUGGGUCAGGGCACAUCGAACGCAUCUACCGGCAUUGGGGGUGCUGUCUUUCAAAGCGGCAGCAUCAUGAGCAUCUCGCUCGUCUCUGGUUUCUGGGCGCUGCGAAUCUACUUCGUCUUCGUCAUGCUGGCUUUCGCGCGCCAGUGCCUCCGUCAACACAUCGCUGCCAAUACUUCGGCUGCGUGGUACAACAACAACGCUCAAACGGCACCCUCGAAUCUCGCCGAGAACCCGUUCCAGCCGGGCAAGGAGGAGGGAUAUGGGCUGAAAGGCAAGGUUGGCAGGCUUAUGCUGAGCGGCGCCCCACAGUAUUGGCUCGGCGCUGAUGAAGAUGGAGACUGGAUGCGCGGAGUCGGCGGCAAGUUUAGGAAGAGUACGCAGCUGGAGCAGCCGGCGGGAAUUGGCGAGAGGGAGAGGAGGAGAAGGAGUGGUACCGGGCCACCCGCUCCGCCAAAGAAUAUAAGGGGGCCUCAGCUGGCAGAUUUGACGGAGGUGCGAUGAGCUAGGGACACUCCUCUAGAUCCUUGAAUGAUGAAGCAUUCUUCCACCUACGUUGGGCUGGUGCCCUAUGUCAGGUUGGAUGCUCGGAACGGGCGGGAGAAAGGAGUUGGGUGGUAAUAUCUAGCGCUGAAAUUCAGAGCUGAAACCCGGGUCAGAGGGGAUACCCAGAUGGGUCUGUACAAUAGGAAGAGCUUGGAGUUUGGGGUCAUGGCUGGCGUGCAGCAGUUAUUAUUCUGGGUUGUGACUAGUCGUAGAGCAUGCAUAGCGUUGCGUCGCAAUUUCUACUAAUUCAUAAUAUAUCAAACGAAUUUAUGCAG